AAGUCGUGCUUCAGGAGGAGGAAGCUGACAGCAUGUGGGAUGAAGGCUGCGAAGCACACGCCGCACAGCAGCACGGAGGAGUAAUGAUGAGAGGCUGAGCUCUCCACAGCACAAGUUCAGUUCUUACACGACUCGUCAGAAAAUAGCUCAGCCAUGUCGGGAGUGUUAGCACGGCUGCUCUUCUACCCCACGUUAGCCUACAACGUUGUCAUGGAGAAGGUGUCCUCGAGACGGUGGUUUGACCGAGUGGAUGAAACUGUGAUCCUCGGAGCGCUGCCGUUCAGGUCCAUGACCAAACAGCUGGUGGAAACAGAAAAUGUUCGAGGCGUGAUCACCAUGAACGAAGAGUACGAGACCAAAUAUUUCUGCAACUCAGCCCAGGAGUGGCAGGCUGCUGGUGUGGAGCAGCUCAAGCUGAGCACUGUGGACCUGACUGGUGUCCCCAGCAUGGAGAACCUCCACAGAGGCGUGGAGUUUGCACUGCAGCAUAAAGAGCAGGGAACCAGUGUGUACGUGCACUGCAAGGCUGGACGUUCCCGGAGCGCCACAUUAGCUGCCGCCUACCUCAUACGGUUACACUGCUGGACUCCAGACGAGGCCUGUCAGAAGCUGGCAUCUGUUCGACCGCACAUCCUAGUACGCUCCGCUCAGCUGGAGAUGCUGAGGAAGUACUACCAGCAGAUAUGUGCACAGUCCAGCUGAGAAAGUGGGGCAGUGUGUCGGACCUCAUCGUGUUCCCACUGGAGGUGGGGGACGGCGACUCAGAGCCUUGAUCAAAACAACUGUAACAGGAAAUGUAACUGUUGCCUUUUCAGCAAGUGCUCUUUGGCAUGUGUACAGCUGCAGAACAGAACAUGUUGUUUAUCUGUUUUUGUUACUCUUUAAUAUAAUUUUGUUGAAAGAAAUUUUUCUUUUUAUAAUUUGAUUUCCAGCCACGUUACUCUGUUUUAACUAUCAAACUAAGACAAAUCACUGCAAUGCUCUCCACGUUUGUUUUUAAAAAAAGAAAACACUCCCCUCAGAGCCGGCUGACGUCAGCUGGAGUUUAGUCAACAGGAUGAGAACACUGUAGUAAAUAAUUCAGUAAUGAAGGUGUUUCUGUGUAGACUGGAAAAUAUUUGCUUUAUAUUUUUCUGCAGUGCCUCAUAAUGUAAAAAAAUGACCAUAAAUAAAUGUUUAUGACAAAAAGAGUAAUGGUGCUUCUUUAUUUUCAGUAGUUUGUUCUUAUUGGCAAGCACAUAUUUAAAUAAAGUUAGGAUGUUCCAAUGUGACAGUUAUCAAGAAGGUUUAAUAUGAGGAUGGAGUCCCCCAAGCAAACACACAUGAAAAAUGUUCAAGUGAUAAUACUGUUAGAUUCUAUUUCAUGCAAACAAAUAGAAAAAUUAAAUUGAAGUAAAACAAAAUAAAACCUAAAUCUAACUGUAGCGUGGACAAACAUUCGGUCAACUUUUACAUCCUAGUAGGGUAGCUGUUUAUUGGAAGUUCAUUUAACUUUAACAUUUAAUAUUAGUUUCCACUGACACGCUGUUGGCUAACAGCACUGACCAUUUUGUGCUGGAUGAUCUUCCUGACACAACCCUCCCCUUUAAUCCAGACUUGAGAGGCCACUCGGCGUAGUCUGACUUGUCGACUGCCAGUGCUGCAUCGUAUCAUGACACAUUGUUAUAUAAAUCAUGGUAUUUUAAGCAUUUGCAUGGUUUGGGGCUAAAAAAUUACACGCGAGUGCCAAACUCAAUUAAAUACAUCUGUAAAUAACUAAAUGUAGCAUGGAUUCAUUAAAAAUUGAAAUAAUUUAUUCA